AUGGACGAAUGUUGUAUGUCUACUCAACAAAAGGAACAACACAGGAUACAUGUUGAAAUACAAAGAAUGCUUCGUCGUGAUGAAGAGAAAUCCCGCCGUGAAAUAAAGUUGCUUCUCUUAGGGACCGGGGAAAGUGGGAAGAGCACUUUCAUCAAGCAGAUGAGAAUCAUCCAUGGAUCUGGAUACACAGAGGCGGAGAGAAGAGGCUUUGCUCGUCUCGUGUUUCAGAACAUGGUCACUGCCAUCCAGGCACUGAUUAGCGCAAUGGGGAUGUUACACAUCGACUACUAUGACGGCAAUAACAUUGUCCUGGCGGAGAGGCUGAGCCAGCUCCAAGUAGACCAGGUGUCUGCUCUGGAGCUCUGGCAGGUGGACGCCAUCCGCAAGGUGUGGAGCGACCAGGGGGUCCGCAGAGGCUUCCAACGCAGGAGGGAAUUCCAGCUCUCUGACUCCGCUGAAUACUACCUGAGUGAUUUGGACAGAAUCACUGCUCCGUCGUACGUCCCCACGCUGCAGGACAUUCUACGAGUCAGAGUGCCCACCACGGGUAUCAUAGAGUACCCCUUUGACAUGAAGAAAGCUAUUUUCAGGAUGGUGGAUGUGGGUGGCCAGCGCUCGGAGCGGAGGAAGUGGAUCCAUUGUUUUGAGUCCGUAACCACCGUUAUUUACCUUGUUGCCCUCAGCGAGUACGACCAGGUCCUCUUUGAAAAUACGAAGGAGAAUCGACUGGAAGAGAGCAAAGCUUUAUUCAGGACUAUUGUCUCCAACCCCUGUUUCCAAGAGACCCACUUCAUCCUCUUCCUCAACAAAACAGACCUGCUGGAGGAAAAGAUCCCGCAUUCCAACUUGGCGGAUUAUUUCCCCACGUUCAGAGGGCCCCGGGGAGACGCUGCUGCAGCCAAGAAGUUCAUCCUACAGAUGUAUACGGACCAGCACGCCGACCACAUCAAGACCCUCUACCAUCACUUCACCUGCGCCACGGACACGGAGAACAUCCGACGAAUCUUCGUUGACGUCCAAGACAUUGUCAUGAAGAUCAACUUCAACCAAUUCAACUUAACAUAGUGACUGAGAAAGAUUGGGAGUCGUUUUUUGUAUUUGUUUGG